UCCUUUUCCCCUCUGCUUUUGUUCUUAAAGAGGUUGUGCCUAGUUGUGAGAAGAAAAAAAACACCAACACAGACCAGGCACUAUGGUUGUUCAGACGAUAAGGAAACAUGCCCCCUCCACGGGGCACAAGGAUAACCACCAUGGUGUCCCUACCUACUGGAGCAAAUCUGGACACACGCUUCAGAAGUACAUCACAGCCUUGGCCACCUGCGACUUUCUGCUUUUUGGUUUCGACCAAGGUGUGAUGGCUGGCAUCAUUUCUUCCACCGCGUUCAUGGCCGACUUCCCCGAGGUUAACGGUAACGACACCUGGCAAGGUUUUGUAACUGCCAUCUAUGCAGUGGGCUGCUUUCUCGGCGCCUUAUUCAUUCUCACCUUCGGAGACAAACUUGGUCGGCGCAAAUCCAUCUUCCUCGGAGCUUCUAUCAUGAUCAUUGGCGUCAUUAUCCAGAUCUCUAGCGCUCCCCCCAACAGCGGUGCCACAGCCCAGUUCAUUAUUGGUCGAUGCAUUACUGGCAUUGGCAACGGUAUCAACACGUCUACUGUGCCAACAUACCAAGCCGAAUGUUGCCCCGCUCACAACCGCGGCAAGCUGAUCUGCAUCGAAGGCGGCAACGUCGCCGUCGGCUCCAUGUUGGCCUACUGGAUUGAUUACGGAUGCACCUAUGGCCCAGCCGCAUUCUCCUGGCGGUUCCCUAUCGCCUUCCAGUGUGUCUUCGCCAUCAUCAUUCUUGUCAUGAUGCUCCGGCUUCCCGAGUCUCCCCGCUGGUUGCUUGCUCACGGCGCAACCGACGAAGCCGUGACGGUUUUAGCAGCGCUACACGACAAGACUCGCGAUCAUGAUGAUGUUCAGGGCCAGAUGAACUUCAUCCUCGACGCGAUUCGUGCUUCAGGGCAAGACGGCGGCAAUGUACCCAUGCGGGAGAUUUUCACCAACGGCAAGACGCAGCAUCUGCGCCGGAUGCUGCUGGGUGCUGGCAGUCAGUGCAUGCAACAGCUGUCUGGCUGCAAUGCUGUCAUCUACUAUUUCCCCAUUCUCUUCAAGACGUCUAUUGGCACCUCGGACAACCUAGCUUUACUGCUUGGCGGCGUGAACAUGAUCGUCUACGCCAUCUUCGCCAUGACCUCCUUCAUGGUCGUUGAGAGAGUCGGGCGCCGGAACCUCUUCUUCAUUGGAACCAUUGGGCAGUGCCUUUCCAUGAUCCUCGUCUUCGCUUGCCUCAUCCCUGGCUCUACCAAUACUGCCAAGGGUGCCGGAGUGGGCCUGUUUACUUACAUCGCUUUCUUUGGUGCAACCUGGCUCCCGCUGCCUUGGCUGUAUCCCGCUGAGAUCAACCCUUUGAAGACGCGCGCUCGUGCCAACGCCCUCUCCACCACCCAGAACUGGCUGUGGAACUUCUUCAUCGUCAUGAUCACGCCUGUGCUCGUCGGCAGCAUUGGAUGGGGCACCUAUCUCUUCUUCGCUGUCCUGAAUGCCAUUUUCCUUCCCAUCCUAUACUUCCUGUACCCCGAGACCUCGGGCCGAUCCCUCGAGGAGAUUGAUCUCAUUUUCGCAAAGGGUCAUGAUGAGAAGAUCAGCUACGUGCAUGCUGCCCAGAAGAUGCCCAAGCUCACCGAUGCUGAGGUGCACGCCAUGGCUCGGGAGUAUGGCUUCUCGAGCUCCGACGAUGAGGCUAGCAACAGAAAGGGCAAGCGUGGUCACAGCGAGCGUGAGGGCCGUGACAGCGAGAAGGAGUCGGAGAUGGCGGCGGUGGACAACCAGAAUGCCAUGAUGGCAUGAAGAAAAUGAUGAUACCCCUGAAGUUUGUGUUUUUUGCAAUCGAACUGGCCUGCCAGUCAGGCUCGAUCACAAAGUACAAAUCGCAAAACGCGACGAACGUGACGAUAUACCCUAGAUUAGAGUGUUUGAGAGAAGACAUAGAGAUCUUUUUGAAAAAGAUCAAGAGUAGAUCAGACAUUCUAAAUUUUUCCAUGC